AUGUUCCAGCUGGAAAUUCCAGUACUUCCGACACUCGGAGUCGGACAAAACGGAGAAAACAAGAAAUUGAGGUCACUCCAGACAUGCUCGAAUUUUUUCCAGCGGGAGUUAUAUAAACUUGGAUCAACGUAUAAAGAACUGAAUAGUCCGGUCAUUACUCAUCUAAAAAAAUGUUUUAAUUAUGCUCUUGAUCAAAACCGCGAUAAUUCUGAGGACGCUAAAAAAGCACUCCUAAAUAUUGUCAACCAUGUUUAUGAUGAACACAACAGCUGUGGUGAUUGGUGUAAUGCCAAGGACAACCCAGAUUAUAUUUAUAAGAAUCUGCCACGAGGAGAACCACUUCAAAAUAGUAAUUUGAAGGUAGCUUUAACCAAGUGUUUGGAGAAAUUUACUCAUCGAAUCGCCCGAAUCGCUCGUGGUGGUUCAUCACAGCCAAAUGAGUCUUUCAAUCGUAUGGUUGCAAUUAAAUAUCCCAAGAGUAGACAUUAUGCAGAGUCUAAUUCUUAUAAGUAUCGAACUAUGGCAGCUGUUUGUCAAAAAAAUAUAGGUGCCACUUAUAUGACUCAAGUUUUUCAAGUUGCUGGAUUAGAAGUAGGAUAUUUCACCCACAAACAUUCUUCAUCGCGUGAUAUAAUCCGCCAAAAAUUAGCACAAAGACAAAAUACUGUAUCUUACAAACGCAAACGCUGUCGAAAAAAAUUGAAAAAACAACGUAAAACAUUCCAUCAAGAACGGAAGGAAGGUAUAUCAUAUCGCUCAGGUAUUUUUAAUGUCUCAGUGGAUGAAGAUAAUGCUGAAGAUGAAAAUUACACUGCAGAUAGUCCUUUAGUACUAAUUGAUAUUGAAUCAACCAGCUUUUACGAAACGGCCGAUAUACUUCAAAUAGCAGCAAAAUGUGGUACACAAAAGUUUGUAAAGUAUAUGUUUUCUUUACAACGAAUUGAUGACAAGGCUUCGGAAACAAACGGAUUUACUAUAAUUGAAGGUCAUUUAUGGCAGAAUGGCACAAUUGUUACAACUACACCGCCAUUAACAGUAGCUGAAGAAUUUCUCCAAUUUUUGGAAGCAUGUGGUCCCAAAGCUUUUUUAGUAGGGCACAAUGUUAUCAAAUUUGAUGCUCCGAGAAUAAUACGCUGGUUAAUAAAUUUAAAUUUAUUUGCGCGUUUCAAAGAGAUUGUAUAUGGUUUUAUUGAUUCGAUUCCAUUAAUAAGUCAAGGCAAAAUAAAAAAGCUUGAAGAACUCGCUAGGACUUACUGA